GGAGCAACCCCACCCCCGGGCUAGAAAAGGAGCGGCCGCCCCCGCCAGCGAGGAGGGUGUGGCUGGGAAGGCGUUGGCCGAGAAGGGCGCUAUGGAUGGCGCGCAGGUUGGUAGACUGAACGAAGCCUCUUGGUUUUUUCCAGUAGGAGGGAAGAGAAACGGGGGGAGUCUGAGCCAGAUCUAGGUCUUGGGCGGGCGGGGAGCUCGCCUGGCCCAAACCAGGGACAUGGGGAUGCUCUUGUUACCUGGGAGCGAAUCUCGUGGCGCUUAAAGGCGGGCUGACUUUGGAGCGCCGCCGUCGCUACUUCCCUCCCUCGCAAUACAAGUCGGCUGCGCGGCACGAGGUCCUCUGGCGCAAAUGGAUUCCCCCCCCCCCCCGCUCCCCAAAAAUGCUCCGAAGGAAUUGGGAACAGGUUCUUGGUUUCUGAAAUAAGGGGUGCGCAGUGUGUUUCGCGACUGACACGUGUCUUUGCAAGACCGCUCUUGACCACGAUUUAUUACUGAGGUACUGGCCCGGUUUCCCCACCUCCCACCCCCCCGAAAAGAAAAACUCGAUUAAGCUUUCGCUGCUUCAAAAUCUGCUCAACUUCUGCGCUCCGGGCUCGGAAUCCGCCCGCGUGGAGGGACGCGCCCUGGAGAGGCAUUGCCUUCUUCAAUGGCCGAAGCCAGCCGGGUUAGUUGCACUCCUUCCCCCCAAAGCGAAGCCCCGUUGCCGAAGUGCGAGCGGCUUGUUAGUGCGGCGCCAGGGUCGUUGCUACCCCGAAGUACCUUGAAUAUUCCCAAGGUGCUCCAGAAGCAAACGCUCUGCUUCUUGGGGCUGCUGAGCAAAAGCUUCGUCGUUCCUGGGCUGCUGCUUUUGGCCCUUAGUGCCAUCAGGGCAGCUGGAUCGAGAAGAUUGAUUAUGGAGAAUAUAUGGUUGGGGAUGCCAAAUUACAAAAGAUGACCCAAGUCCACCCUUGAUUGUGUUUGUAGAUGUCUUCUCCCGCGUGGAGCGAGGAAGUAAACCAGGCCAAAAAAACUGCCCUUCUGGCUUGGGUGGAAGAGACGGGAAUCAAACUGGUACAGAUCAAUGGCCAGAGGAAAUACGGUGGCCCUCCUCCAGGUAAGUGGAAGAUUAUCCGCCUGGGAUACACAGAUCCGUGACCCAAGUAUCACUUUUAGAAAUACUUGUAUGUACUUCAGCUGCUUGGAGGCAAUUGAAAGGUUACCCACCUUUCAAUUGUCAUUACAGUGGUACCUCUGGUUAAGUACUUAAUUCGUUCCGGAGGUCCAUUCUUAACCUGAAACUGUUCUUAACCUGAAGCACCACUUUAGCUAAUGGGGCCUCCUGCUGCUGCCGCACCGCCAGAGCACGGUUUCUGUUCUCAUCCUGAAGCAAAGUUCUUAACCUGAAGCACUAUUUCUGGGUUAGCGGAGUCUGUAACCUGAAGCGUAUGUAACCUGAGGUACCACUGUUCUGGUUGCUGGAAAUCUCUCAAGCUGUUGUCCCCCCAAAGUGGGCGAGGGGAGCCUGGAUUUCCCUGCUAAUGCCCAAGCCCAUAGAAGUUCCAUGAAGUCUUUCUAUUUUACUUGCUUAUUGUACAUUCUGUAAUAAAAAUUGCUAAAAACUAAAGGCCUGCAUUCACGUACGCUACUGCCUGAAGUCUUUCCCUUUGCUGUAGAAUCUUGUAUGUGGAUGAAGCUGGUAUAAAAGACAAGACGGUUAAGACAUGGAAUUCUUUUAUUUACUUUAAGACAAUCAAGCAUUGUUUUCACCCUAACUCAUGGAGCCUUAUGGAGAGACACUUUCAUUUGAUUCCUUUCUUGGAACGUCUAAAAUGACAACCAUCAGCUGCUGUUUUUCUUUUCUGUACAACUGCUGAGCUCUGUUUUCCUUGUAUGGAACAUUUUAAAAAAAGACAAAGUCAAUUAUGCAUCUUCUUUUUCCGCAGGUUGGACUGGCAGUGUUCCACCACCUGGCUCUGAGAUUUUCAUAGGGAAGAUUCCACAGGAUAUAUAUGAGGAUAAACUAAUUCCUCUCUUCCAGAGUGUUGGCAGGCUCUAUGAAUUUCGUCUCAUGAUGACGUUCAGCGGGCUUAACCGUGGCUUUGCCUAUGCGAAAUACGCAAACAGACGCAGUGCCCAGGAUGCUAUUGCCGUGCUCAACGCCUUUGAAAUCCAGGCCGGCCACCCCAUUUUGGUCUGCAAAAGUACCGACAAGUGCGAGCUCUCCAUUGAUGGUUUGUCUCUCUCUGUGAGAGAGGGACACCUUCUUCCAAUGCUGCAGGAACUUACUGCCGGAGUCCUGAGUGUUUCCUUGCACCCAAGCCCUUUCAGAAGGGAGAGGCAGUUGGCAGAGGUGAAAUACAGCUCCCACCAGGCUGCUGCAAUCGCCAGGAAAGCGCUUGUGGAAGGUUUGUCUCAUAAAUAUAGCAGUAAAGUCUCAUGUACCAUAGGCAAUAGAGGCUGGGAGCAUGGGGUGCAGCUGGCUCUUCAUUGUAUCCACCACUCAAGUACAGGGGCCAAACUCCACCCCCAUUUCCGAGGGUCUUCUGGCAGUUCCCUUACUGCGGGAAGUGAAAUUUGAGGGAACCAGGCAGAGGGCCUUCUUGGCAGUGGCACCCUCCCUGUGGAAUGCCCUCCCUUCAGAUGUCAAGGAGAUAUAGAACUUACACAACUUUUAGAAGACAUCUGAAGGCAGCCAUAUAUCGGGAAGUUUUUAAUGUUUGGCUUUUUUAUUUAAAAAUAUAUUUUUCUGGAAGCCGCCCAGAGUGGCUGGGAGGGGUAUAAAUAAUAAAAUUAAUAUUAUUAAGUGGCACUGGUCACCUAGUUACCUGUCAAUUUCACCUUCAUGGAAAUUUCAGUGACAAUAUUAACCACUAUGAGAACUAUUACAUCACUUAAUGUAGAUGAGAACUUCGGAGCUAUCACUAGUGCAUACAUACAAACUCAAAUUAUGCAAGCAAUGCAAUUCGUAUUCAUAUAUAUUUUUAAGCUGUCUCUUUCAUCUGUAGUCUACUUUUAUUUUUUCCUGCGUUGCUGUAAAUUGCAGGUGGAAUACUGUGAGGAGAGGCCUAUAUUUGAACCAAAUUUUAAAUUGUUUCUUCUGUUCUGCAGGUAGUUUGUGCCUCUGUGGAGAUGACAUUGAAGUGGAUUGGCUAAAACCAAAUACAAAACAGGAACUCCACAGUGCCUCCGUUCAGGGCUUUCCAGAGAUUCCACCAUCCAAUUUUCCCCACAGAGAUGUCCCCUACAAAGCACCUUCUGGGCCUGUGCAACCCGCAGUGGGCAGUGUGCUGGACUACCUGAAUUUGCAAUGCAAGGAACGGCAUCUGGGGCUCCCUGUAUUUCUUACAAAAUGUAUGCAAAAGAAUCAUGAAGGAUGGUUACAGUUCUGGUAUCAAGUGGUGAUACCUAAAUAUCCAUCACCUUUCAGUGGGUUUAUCUGGAUCAAGCCAGAACGUUCUGGCUUGGAGGCCCAUGAGAAGGCCAAGAAUGCAGUGGCACUGCAGCUACUCAAAGCUCUGGGUAAGUGUCCUUGCACAACUUCAUCUUGGAAGCAGUGCUUCGGAUUUGCUGAAGGCAGCAAAGAGACACUAGGAUGCCUUCAGGCCUCUCAAAUGGCAAGGCAGGUGAAAUCUUCAGCUCAGUCAUGGGGCUUUUAACUGUUAUAAAAUUGACAUAAGGAGGUAGAACCUACCUAAAUUAGCAGCUCUAUAAGCAGUAAAUCUUUUGUUGAAGAAGGAUGCCUAUUCUGUUCACCCGGCACAAAGUGAUAGUAUAUGAAACUUGCUACACUGAGAGAUUGAAGCUAAUGAACGGUGGCAGCAUUUUAUAUAGAAGAGCACAGGGCUGAGAGGGGUAAGUUAAAGCUGGAGGUAGAAAACUUGGCUUCACUUGCUUGAGACUGCAACUCUGUUCCUGUGGGUGCCCUAGAUAUCAUUGGAACCUGGCCGGAGGUCCCUCGCUCUACAAAUUCUUUCAAUUUUCCAGGCUAGGCUGCCUGGAGAGAGAAUGCUUCUGGGGAAUCUCUUCCUAAGAGACAGAGAUAACAAUAAGGAUAGAGGGUGAAACAAGUGGAGUCCAGUGCUUGGCCUUUUCAGCCUCCAAGCACUUCAAAAAAGUUUUCCUGCCUUGUAUGUUUGCAGAAUAGGUGCCUUCCUGCUUGUUCCCUGUUUUGAGUGUGCUGACUGCUUUUCUGUAUGUUGGCAACCCUAAAACCUAACCUAUUUCUCUUUCCAACAGGAUGCCCAAUGGUGUAAGAGAACAGUCUUCAAGUUCGGGAGAGGUCUCUGUGUCCUGUCCUUGCCCACUAAAACCAGCUUGCCCACUAAAAUCCAUGGGGAGAGAAAGUGUGCCUGACAUCUUGUCUUUUUUUGUUUUUUGGCGGGAAGCAUUGCUGCUAUUGGAGUCUUGUUAGAUUUAAAAAGGUUGUCCAUGCAGAUCUCAGUACUAAAUUGUUUUUGGUUAGUUAUUUGAGUAUCCUUUUCAGUUUGGGGAAAUCAUGCAUGCGUAUUUCUCGGCAGGCAAUCUUAAGCUGGGGGCAUAUCUUGCAUUCACAACUUUAUUUCUGCCCCUCAAGCAUGACAAGUACUGUGUAAAACUAUAGGAAUGACUCCCGCCCCUUUCAACACCAAGAUUUAGGGCUGCUUAUCUUCUUUGUUUACACAUAGAAAACUUUAUUCUUCUUUGUAUUUAUUUAAGAGUUUGGAGAGCUUUCUCACUUGUUUGUGACAGUUUGAAUUUGUUUUGUAGCUUUAGGCGAGGGGCAUUGGACAAUUUUUCAUGCACAAGGCUGGUAUGUAACAAGUUCCUUGUGUGCUGCUCUACAAUCCAGCCUUUUUCUUUGUCUUCCUGGGGAUUCAGGAUGGUAUUCCCUGAAUUCCUUCAUGUGCCUCUUAAUAGCAGAACACCAGGUGCCUUUUUAACACUAGAAAAAGUUCCCAGUGAAUAACAAAAUUGGAUGUAUGAAGAUUUUAGGGAAAGGAUCAGGCAGACUCCCUUAAAAUUCUCUGACUUUUUAAUGUUCAUCAAAAAUAGUGAAUGAAUAUGUAACAUUGGAAACCUAGGCACUUGAAUAUUAAAAUUGUUUUGAAAGAAAUAAGUGUUGCAAUCUCCUUGUGUGAAGCAUCUGAAAUCUGAUAAGAUGAUAUUUAAGCUGGGUUUUGUUUAUUUUA